AUGCUGCAAGCUAUCCGCCAGUUAGACGGUAGUGACGUCCUUGUUAUUCAAGACCAAAUGGACGUGACAUGCGGUAUCGUGAUGCAAACAAAGGUGCAGAAGUUGAUGUUCGAGCGCUGGGGCGACACUCUUACGAUGGAUUUCACUCACGGCACGAACAGUUUGGGCUAUCAUAUGAGUUUGAUUUUCUACUGUUGUGUGUUGGAUAUUUCAGGGAGUCUGGUCGUCACAACCGCUACUGGUAGAGGGUUCCCAGUUGUAGACUUCAUAUGCCUCAACCAACGAGCUCCGAUGAUGACAACAAUCCUGGAGUAUUUCCAAGAGAAGAAC